AUGACCCCCGACGCCUCUGCACCACGAGGGGAGGAAUUACCAGUAAAAGAGGAGCACAAGACAACCGACAACCGAUCAGAGCCACAGGACCAGGACUCGGACGCCCCCAGGCCGACAAAGUUCCGCUUCAAAUCCAAGUCGUCUCGAUCAUCGCGGCGGCGCGAGGGAGAGGAAGACGAUGACCGCCGCCGGCGCCGGCAUCGGCAUAGAUCUCGAUCACACUCUCGGGGCAGAGACGGAGACAACGACGACCCCAAAGAGAAAAGACGGUCACGACGGCACGACGACCCCGACAGAGAAAACCACCGCCACCGUCACCGGCAUCAUCACCGCCGCCGCAGACACCGCUCCAAAUCCCCACGGCAGCAGCAACAACCACAACCACCACAAGACGACCAAGACCACGACCCCUUCCAACCCGCCCCUCUCUCCCCCACCACCGCCUUCCGCGAGUCCCUCUUCGACGCCAUGGCCGACGACGAGGGCGCCGCCUACUGGGAAUCCGUCUACGGCCAGCCCAUCCACAUCUACCACCCCCCCAACCCCAACAACCCCAACCCCACCAACCCCGGUGGCACCACCGCCCUCGAUCACAUGACCGACGACGAGUACGCCGCCUACGUGCGCCAGAAGAUGUGGGAGAAGACGCACGCGGGGCUGCUCGAGGCGCGCGCCCGCCGCGACGCCGAGCGCGCCGAGGCCGCGCGCAAGGCCGACGCCCAGGCCCGUGUCGAUCGCGAGAUGGAGCGCUGUUUGAGACGCGGUGAAGAGAGGCGCCGGAGGAAGGGGUGGCGUGAGAGGUGGGAGGGGUAUUUGGCUCGUUGGGCCGCGUGGGAGGCGCGUAGGGAGGAGGGGGGGGUGGGGGUCGGGGUGGAGGGGAUUCCGUGGCCUGUUUUGGAUGGUUUGGAUGGUUUGGAGGGGGGUGGUGGGGGUGCGUUGAGGGAUGGGGAGGGGGCGGUGAGGGUGGCGGAGGUGAGGGCGUUUUUUGUGAAUGGGAUUGGGUUGGGGGAGGAGGUGGUGGGGGAGAAGGGGUUUGCGGCGAGGCUGAGGGAGGAGAGGGUGAGGUGGCACCCGGAUAAGGUGCAGCAGCGGCUUGGGGGGGAGGUGGACGAGAAGGUGAUGCGGGAUGUGACGGCGAUUUUUCAGGUCGUGGAUGCGUUGUGGAAUGAUACCCGGAAGAAGAGCGGCUAG